CUUUGUUCGCAGCCCCAUGUAGCUGUAACAGAUUCUUCUGCACCAUUUUCUCUUUUGGGAUAAACACUAAUCCUGAAUCAGAGUGGCAGCUUAGGCUGCAAAAAUAAACAGAGGACAAUAGCCCAGAAGUUUUUCUGUGCUCUCGUUUGAGAUCUCCAAUGUUGACAAGAGAUGACUUUUCCUAACAGGAGGAUUUUAGUGUUCAGUUCCUUAGCUCAGUGUAGGUCAGUGCUGGGUGUUCCUCCUCCUCAGCAGCAGCAGUGACCACAGCAACCUGGAUGGGCUGUCAGCUUUUCACUUAGAUUAUACUCUGUUCAUUAACACAGCCAAACUGAAUAGAAUGAGGAAAAUUUCUCGCCAGGCCCUGCGUUUGGAAUACAUUUUCUGUAUGAAAAGGAAAGACCUCUUCAGUUUUAAUUGUUCAUACUCCUAAACUAACAAAGAGAACAAAGUAAGGAGAGGUUCAUGGCAUUUCUCCUCUGAGGCCAUCUAUGCACCUGCAGGAAAGAUUUGGCUUCUGUGCUUGCCGGGCUAAUUGGUGCAAGAGAAAACACAGAACAUUAACAUGCAUUUAAAUUCCAGGCUCAGCAUAGUCAUAAAAAAGAAAAUAUGCUUGAAAGAUGAAUCCACCUGAUCCCAGGGCCACUUGAUAUUAAAUGCGUCAGAUGGGAGAGAGAAAAGCAAAGGGGACUUUAUUUGUGUUACGUUUCCUAACAGGUUCAGCUGGGGCAGGGAUGAAAACUGGAAGGAGAAUGGGUGGGACCUGAGCUCUGGGCUGGACAAGACCUGCAUGCUCAGAUUAACCCAGGAGGAGCCCUGGGGGGCAGGAGGAGAUCCAGACGGUCGGAUCCCCUUAACAAAGUUUUCCUGCACAGCUGCAGCUCUGCAGGCUCGGACCAGCAGGGUGCAUGCAGGCAGACUUGUGUUCAGGGCUUGUGCUCAGGACUGAAUGGGGAAUGAGCUCUGAGCCUUCCACCAAGGCAGCAGGGCUCCGUGUGGGUGCAGGAAGAAGUGUGCUGCUCAGUGCUGCUGCGUGGUCUCACAAUGGACUCGGGUGUUUCUCACUUAUGUUACUGCAUUUUCACACACUGUGCACCAAAAAGUAAAAUGUGUUCCUGCAGAUGAAGAAGUAAAUGUAUUCGCUGACCUUUUCCAUUUCUGUUAGCAGUGAGUUUUCUGUUAAGGAAAAGUGGAUUUGGUUUCUUUUUCCGUCCUGUAUUCCAACACCUGUUAGGAGGAAGGACUCAAUCAGGGCUGUGAAAGGCUUGGAGGCUGCGGGAGCCGCAGCUUUACCACUGCAAAAGAAAACGUCAGAAGCGCCGGGCUCUGCUCCUCCCAUCGCCAGGGCUGCGGUGUGCUGCUGUGCCCUCAGCUGCCACGGGCACAAAGGUGCCGGCAGGAGUUGCUGCUCUCAUUGCUCUCUGCUGCCUUCAUUCUGCAUGGAAACCGUGCGGCCAGCUGUCAGGUGGGGACGGAGUGCACAGCUGAUGGCAGUCCGUGUGAUUGUAACGGAUAAAAAGGACAAAAAAAUUGCAAAACGCAAUUGCAAUUGCUCUGUUGUCUUCUUCUUGUUCCUGCCAUUGAAGCCAUUCUUAUGGAUCUUAUCCCUCCACCCACUGGCUUAUGAUGUGCAUUACUAGAGCAGCAGCACCUCACCAGUAGGGUAAAACUAACCUGUCUCACCACUGCCUAAUCCCAUAGUAUCCUUAUCUUUAGCCCAGGUUGGCACAGCUCCACUCAGCUCUAUGGAGGGAGGCUCACAGCCGUGGCAGAGAGCUGAGCUCUGAGGGCACGGGGCUGAUGGGAGCAGCCUGGUGCAGUUCAGAAGUCAUGAAUUCAGACCUUGGCUGCCCUGUGUGCACUCGAGCUGGCUUUACACGCAUCACAUGAGGGAAAGGUGAGCAGCUGCACACACUGAGCUGUGCCUGUGGGUGCCAUGCAUGGCAGAAGGUAUUGCAGGGCAUCGGCUUCACCUUCUGUACCUCAAAACAUAAUGAUGGCAAUAAAUAUCAAUAUCUGAGAGCAAAGGAGCUUUCUUGUGGCUCUGAACUUACAAUGCCUCUGGUUUCAUGUCUGAGCAUCAUCUCUGCAUUUCUCCAGAGAGCUCCCAACCCUUCAGGAGACAAAUUAACCUUCUGGCAUUUAGCAGAAAGACACCCAAAGGAAAAAUACUGAAUGCCUUUAACAUCUUCAGCUGCAAAGCCUCCCCAGACAUGUGGGCAACUUGCAUUUUGCUGAAGGAAAUCAACACAGAAAACCCUGAACAAUUUUCUUCCACAGCUCAGGCGCUGCUCUCCCAGCACACCUGGACAGGUGAGGGAUGGAUGUGGGGGAACUGCCAUGCAGGCACAGUGGGCAGCACCCAGAUCUGCUGCACAUCUGCCAGGUGGGAGCCUGGAAGCCACGGCACAGCACUUGUUGUUGAUGUGAGUUGUGUUAAAACAGCCUGAUUUCAGCUGAUUUCAGCACAGUGGGCUGCCCUCCAUCUCUGCUCACCUGUCUGCAUGCAGGAACUAAACACAGCUGAGGGUCAGUGGGGAUUACUGUGAAAGGAAGAUAGGAUGCAGGGAUGGGACUGCACUGAGUUUCAUUCUGAAUGUUUCAGGAGGUUCUAAUGCAUACCUGCAAAUAAAUCCUUUGCAUCUGAAGAAAGAUAAUGUUUCUGAGAUCCUGCUGAGGAUCUGAUUAAGCUCACUGCUCUAAUUUCUGAAUGUGCUGGCAGUAUAAAGCCAACACCACAUUGGGCAAGACAGGAAGCACACACAGGCUUAUAGACAGAAUAAGGCAAUGGCUCUUCAGAUGCAAGGAAUCUCAUAGUCCAGAUGGAAAUGGCUUCAGAGGAAAAAAAAGAAAAAGAGACCUACAAGAUCACUUGUGCAGAAUGUCCUUACGUGCCUCAGGCAAGAAGGUACAGUAAGUACAAACUUCACUCCUCUCCUGCUGAGAGCAACUGGAGGUUUGUCACAGAUUUGGGGUGGGCAGCACUUAGACCCCAGGAAACAUCCAUCCCAAGGCUGUCUCUUCCCUCCGAUGGGGAGGAUUCCCAUUUCAGAGCAGUGCCUCUGCUAUUUAUUAUUAUUUGCAAAGAUUUUCACUGGUUUCUCCAAAAGCCUCUGGCAGACGCAGCACCAGCUGCACCAGGUGCCUGAACUGCAGAAGUGUGCAAUUGUGAAAAGGUUCAUCGCUGUCUGCGUGCUUUGAGAGAGGUUAUGUGGCUGUGGCCAACUCCAACCACACGGUAACUCAGGACACCCCACUCUGGGAAGGAGACAUGGGCUGGGUUCCCCUGUGCAGAGGGAAAGUGGCUGCAGACAGAGCCACAGCCACAGAGGAGAUGGGAGGAGGACAGAAUCCAAAACCUUUCUUCUUUUUAAUAAGGUGUGAGCUGCACAUGGUGGAAAUUGAAAUGACUACCAUCUCCAGUUCAAACACGUAUCUUCCAAUAUCUGUGUCUGAGACCAAAAUCACCUUUGUUUCUUGUGAGGCUGUGUCUGCAUCUGCCAAGAAGGAUUCAGGCCCGGGAAGAGUGCUUAUUUAAGAAGAAUCCAUCAGGGCUGAAAUUCCACUAAAAGCCCCACUUCAAGAUUUCAAGCUUGGAGAUUGUUGUGCUUGCUGUGAUUUUUGUUCUCUGUUAAUUGCAUUACCCAUACAUGCAGAUGCUGUGUGCCCAGGGAUGCUGCAGGGCUCCGUGCCCACAGGGCGCCGCAGGGCUCUACGCACCUGGGAGGAUCCAGAGCCCCAUGAAAUGCAGAGAUCUCCACUGAGCCUCCAGCCGGCCUUCGCAGCACUGCCCCAUCAGAAAGGUGCCAUAGGCACUGACUUCCUUCACCUGCUGUUCUGGGAAUUAAUCUGUGGAGAUCAGACUUCCAUCCUCUGCAUCAGGGUUGUGUGUGUGGGCAGCCCACAUGGAUGGGUGGCCAACGUGUCCUUCCUGCUCCUGCUGAUGACUUUUGAGAUCAUCCAAAUGUCUCAGAACUAGAAGAAAAGAAUCCUGUUCUUUUUUUUUCACAAGAACUGGCGAACAGCCCGUAUCCAAAGAGAUGUGACAAUUUCACUGCAUGCACUGAGCAUCCUGUCUGCUCUAUUCCACCCUCUUACAAUGAGAGAAUGAAGUUUGUGGACCAUGAGGGCUGCUACAAAAGAAAUGGCUCCUGUGUUAUUAUGUUGGUCAGAGGUGGACGCUGGUGAGAUUUGGCAGCAGAAGCUGAACCUUCCCAUCGAUAUUCCAUCACAUUUUGUUGCUGUGUGAUCCAUGGCAGCAGAAAGGUGGUCUGACAAAACGGUGUCUGACAUAGAAGUACAUACGGAGCAAAUGGUCGGCACGGAAUUUUUCUAUGCAGAAAAGAUGGCACCAAUUGCCAUUCAUCUUGCUGAGCAUUUACAGAGACCAAACAGUGCAUGUGAGCACAGCGAGGAGCGGGUGGUGCAUUUCAGCAGGUGACAGCAGCUCACCUCCACUGGUGCAGAUAUUUAUAAGCAUGUUAUGCAGCUCUUGCUCACUGCUGGUGAAAACACACACUUAACGGUGGUGACUAAGUUGAAAAACAGUAUUUUGCAACUGAGAACUUUCUCAAAUAGUGUUAUUGCACUUUUGUAUUCGUUGGAGUUUCCAUGGACGUAGGUAGGUGUAUGGGAACUGUUGAGUUCGGGUCUGAACCACUGGUGGAUCGCCUGGGGGAAGGACCCGGCCAGCCCUGGGAGCGCAGGUGAAGGAGAUUCAGCUGUGUGACAGGAAGGGUGGAGCCUGGCUGCACCUCUCACAGACCUCAUGGAAGGGGUGACCCCCACCGGGGAAGGAUCUCUGGGUGGAGAUUCCCUCUUGUAGAGUUUCCUCGUGAGCCGAGAUUUUUGGAGACGGCAAUAGGAGGCACAACAUUCUGAGCGAGCAACGCUCUCCCCUUCUGCGCGGGAGCCGCAGCGGAGCGUUCCCACAGCGCUCCGUGCGGGAAGCUUCACUCUGCCUGACCUGCCCGCGAAGCACGUGCGCACCGACGGCGCGGCGAUACAUGAGGGCGCUCCCGGAGCCGCGGCGCUGCUUUCUCAUGAACCUCACGCACACCUGCGGACGAAUCGCGCUCCCCGCCGUGCUCCGACCGCUCCGACAGUCCGGCACGGAGCGCGCCGUCGGGCUCUGCCUCCGAGCGCCGAUCUCCGCUAAAGCCAGAGGAGCGCAGCGGGGCGCGGAGCUGCACCCGGGCUGCACGUGUGGGGCGCGGCGGCUCCGCGCUGCGCGGGUCCGGCGGAGCUUCGAGCCCCAAGGGGUCCGAGCCGGAGCUGCCGGCGGCGGCACAGCCGCAGAAAAGAAACAACUGUUCUGAAGUAUGGGAUGAGAGCAGCACCAGAACAUCCUUCCCUGAAAGUUGGAGGAAAAGUGCACUCACCUGAGAACGAAUAAAAACAACCUGACAAAUGCCCAUUCCUACACGUGCUCUGUGUAAUAAUGAGUUAAUCUCUCCAGCCCACCUGUGGAGUUAUUGCAGCUCCUGGUAUGCAGAGGAGUUGGGAGUGCACAGUCCCAAACCAGCCCUGUGCAGAGGCCUCUGCUGUAAGUUCUCCCUGGUGCUGCUCCCUGGGAGCCCAUUGCACCUUUGAGGCUGUGCACCUACAGGCAUUGCUCGCGGUGCCAGCUGCAUCUUCACCAGCUUCCCAGAGAGCUGAGCAGGUGUGGCUGGUGGGCCACUGCUGUGUCGGCAGCCCGGUGAUGCCCUGCUGAGCAACGACCUGGGUUCACCCACCAUGCCUCACGUGCUGCUUCCAUCCCACCAGGCACAGAUAGCAGCUUAUCUUGAGGAGUUUGACCGUUACUAUUCCUUGACCAAACUCAUGUCCAUCUACCAAGCAACCAACAGGACCGCCUUCAACUGGACAGACAGCUGCAUUGUGGAGUGGGAGAAGUUUGCGGAGCUGGCUCGAUACGAGCCAGAAUCCCAGAAACCAACUGUGAAGGCUCUCCUGAUCGUGGUGUACUCAGUGAUUAUCAUCGUGUCUCUCUUUGGGAACGUGCUGGUGUGCCAUGUGGUGCUGAAGAACAAGAGGAUGCACUCGGCCACCAGCCUGUUCAUCGUCAACCUGGCUGUGUCUGACAUCAUGAUCACACUGCUCAACACGCCCUUCACUCUGGUUCGGUUUGUGAACAGCACCUGGAUCUUUGGGAAGGCGAUGUGCCACGUCAGCCGCUUCGUGCAGUACUGCUCGCUGCACGUCUCCACGCUCACCCUGACAGCCAUCGCCCUGGACAGGCACCAGGUCAUUCUGAACCCACUCAAGCAAAGGAUGUCUCUGACAAAAGGAGCACUGAGCAUCGCUGUGAUCUGGCUGCUGGCUGCCUGCUUCUCCCUGCCCCAUGCCAUCUACCAGAAGCUCUUCCAGUACAACUACAGGGAAGCCACCGUGCGGAGUCUGUGCCUCCCGGAUUUCCCUGAGCCUGCAGAGCUGGUCUGGAAGUACCUGGACCUGUCCACCUUCCUGCUCCUCUACCUGCUGCCGCUGCUCAUCAUCACCGCCACCUACACGCGCCUGGCCAAGAAGCUGUGGCUGCGCAAUGCCAUCGGUGACGUCACCACGCAGCAGCACGUCGCCCACCACAGGAACAAGAAGAAGAGCAUCAAGAUGCUGGUGCUGGUUGUGGUGGUCUUCGCUGUCUGCUGGUUUCCGCUCAACUGCUACGUGGUGCUCAUCUCCAGCCUGGGCAUCAAGACCAACAACUCGCUCUACUUUGCCCUGCACUGGUUUGCUAUGAGCAGCACCUGCUACAAUCCCUUCAUUUACUGCUGGCUGAAUGAGAGCUUCCGUGCGGAGCUCAGAGCCCUGCUGUGCAUGUGCCAGCACACAGCUCAGCCGCGCAGCGCCGUGCAGCUGCCCCUGGCCGCGUCCUGCCGCGAGGCCUGGGGGGAGCGAGCUGGGUGCACGAAGGGGCCCUCAUCAAACAGCGUUUGCUCCGCUGUGCUCAUCCCGACAGCCAACACUGACCUGUGAGCAAGGGUGGCAAUGGACGGAGUUUGGCACGCGUCUGAAAGAAGGACCCUUGUAGCCAGGUGAACCUUAUCUGCAGGGAUUCCCCCAUGUAAUUCAUACUAAAGCCUCCCAGCUGAGUGCAGGUGUAGCAGAAAUGCUAACUCAGGGCUUGAAGAAGUGAUGCAGCACCUGCUGGGAAGGCAGGGCCAACCGGGGGAGCUCAAGUCAAACAGUGCCACUGAGUGGUGGAAUGGAUGGAUCCAGGAUCCACUCCUGCCCAGACAUCAUUUAAGGGCUAGCAGUGGAGGUGAGGGUAUCUCUCUGGAGAUCCCUGUGUACUUGAGGCCUUGUAAAGGUAAACAGCUUUUUUUCUGUAGAUUCUGCAUCCAGGGCUGCUGCACUUGGGCUUAUCCUAGCUUGCUGCAAACAAAGUCUUUGCUACCCUGCUAAGAUUGCAUUAUAGCGUUACAGCAGGGUAAGGGGAAGUCAGCGGUGGGUGUCACACUGAGUCCUACUGCUCCUCUUGCCCUGGUCCCAGCCCAGGCUGUGUGCUGGUGGAGCAGAGCACUGUAUUGGGGCUGUAGAGCUCCAUCUCUGUCAGACCUCAUGUCAUUUGGUUCACUGAGAAUUUAUUUUAAUUUCUGUUAAAUUACGUUGCAAACAAACCUACAGGCACUGAAUUAAAGGCCACAAAAUAAUUCAUCAGGGCUGUAGCAUUCACCAACUGGAGAAUUAAAUAAUUCUAGAUAAUUACUAAUUGUUGUGGAAGAGAUUCAUUGAGGCAACUGAAUUGAAUCACAGUUAAAGGGGAGGCUUUCUACAGUUUUGAGAAGAAUAG